AUGAAGGCUACUACUUUGAUUCCCCUCCUUGGCCUGUCUGGCAGCGCUCUGAGUGCGGCUGUGGCUCGUAACUCAAACGAACCCUGGGGCUACAAGUCCGGUUCCACCGAGUCCAUUGCCAACCUGAAGGAGAAGAUUGAGAAUGUUGUCUGGAUCGUGCUGGAGAACCGCGCCUUCGACAACAUGCUUGGUGGCGUUAAGAAAACCGGACUUGAUAACGUUGUCAACAACGGUCCUUUCUACAACCCCCAGCUGGUCAACUCGACGAAGAGCCAGAAGUGGUACAACCAGUACAAGGACUUCGACUCCGUCACCCACGACCCCGAUCACUCGGUCACUGGAAACAACUUCCAGUUCUACGGCACCUACACUCCCGAUAACGAGAAAAUCGCCAGUGGCAACCUGAAGCCCAGCCUGCACGGCUUCGUCGAGCGCCAGAUGAGCUCUUACCCCGCCAUCUCGGCCAAGCGUGCCACCGAGGAGGUAAUGGGCUACUACUCCGAGGACGAGGUCCCCACCCUCGUUGACCUUGUUGAUGAAUUCACCACCUUCAACUACUGGCACUCCUGCGUGCCCGGUCCCACCAACCCCAACCGCCUCUGCGGUCUUGCUGGUACCCCAUAUGGCCACGGUAAGAACGACGAGGACUUUGAUGUGUCCGCCAUCACUGCCAAGGGUAUCUUUGAGGUCGCAAAUGAGAAGGGCAUCUCGUGGAAGAACUACGACGGCACCAACGGUGACUUCCUCCCCGACUCCCUCUUCUUCAACUGGACCGCCGAGAAUGCCAAGAGCAAUGUCAAGCCCCUGGAGAACUUCUACCAGGACGCCUACCUCGGCUUGCUCCCCCAGCUGUCCUACAUCAACCCCUCAUGCUGCGGUGUUGACACCAACUCCAUGCACCCCUCCGGCAACGUCUCCUUCGGCCAGGUCCUCCUCAAGCAAGUCUAUGAUGCCGUCCGCACCGGACCUCAGUGGGAAAAGACCCUCCUACUCAUUACCUACGACGAGACAGGUGGUUUCUUCGACCACGUCGCUCCUCCUCUCGCUGUCCGCCCCGACAACAAGACCUACACCGAGACAGCCCCCAACGGCGCAAACUACACUCUGAACUUCGACCGUCUUGGUGGUCGCAUGGCUACCUGGCUCGUGUCUCCCUACGCUCCCAAGGGCCACAUUGAGAACUACGGUACCGACGCUGUCACUGGCGAGCAGUCAUCUUACAGCUCUACCUCUGUCCUCAAGACUUUGGGUUACCUGUGGGAUUUGGAGGAUCUCACCCCCCGCGUGAAGCACUCUCCUGCCUUUGAUCACCUCAUCGGUCCUAAGGUUCGCAAGUCUCCUACGACCCUGGCCAACCCAUCUGUCUUCCCCGAUGCUGUUUAA